UGGUCCUUCGGAGUGGGGGCUGUUCCUGGGAAUCAAAGGGCUGCCUUGUUCUGUCCUUUACAGGAAAUUCCAAGGUAGUUUUCCGUACCGGCUCCCUGUUUCUGUUCCCGGAGGGGCCCAGGUACCCAAGUGGACUCUAGAUGGAAUCGAAUAUCUCAACCUGCCUGUCCGGGCCUCUGGUUGUCGGGGGGGUGGCUGGCACCUGGAGUGGCCUGGGCUGCUUUGGGCCUAUUUGGGUAUUUCCUUGGGGGGGCAGCCCUCACCCUGUCCUUGAAAUGGUUCUGGCUGGGUAGCAGCCUCUAGGUGGUGUGGAUGAAAUUUGGGACUGGUUAAGGGCGGAGACGAGACCAAGAACACAAGUUUCCUUGUGCUGCUGGGGAGAGGGAGGGCAGGAGGAAACUGGAGACCCCAUUUCCACCCUGGCCACUCUCUUGCUCACAGUUCACAAUGGCUGGGUCGCCAGUGUUCCUCGGUGUCAUCAUUUUGCUGUCUGCCUUCUCAGGGCCUAGUGUCGGGGGUCGCGCCAUGCCCAAGCUGGCUGACCGCAAGCUGUGUGCUGAUGAGGAAUGCAGCUACCCCAUCUCCAUGGCUGUGGCCCUGCAAGACUACGUGGCCCCCGACUGCCGUUUCCUGACCAUACACAGGGGCCAAGUUGUGUACGUCUUCUCCAAGCUGAAGGGCCGAGGGCGGCUCUUCUGGGGAGGCAGCGUUCAGGGAGAUUACUAUGGAGAUUUAGCUGCUCGCCUGGGCUAUUUCCCCAGUAGUGUCGUACGUGAAGACCAGACCCUGAAACCUGGCAAAAUUGAUGUGAAGACAGAUAAAUGGGAUUUCUACUGCCAGUGAGCUCAGCCUACCACUGUCCCUGCUGGGUUUUUUUCCUUCCCGGCUUUAUGCAAAUAUAUCAGCCAAGUGCAAA